CGGCAAAAUAAAGAGAGAGCAAAUUAGGGCAAUAGUGGGGAGAUUCAAAUGGGUGAAGGAGAGAGCUCGAGGUUCGGCGGCGACGAAUCGGAGUCGGAGGAGGAAAUUAGAUACCCAAUCGAAGAAGAAGGAAAGGGUAAUAAGAUGUCGGAGUAUGAGAAGAAGAGGUUGACAAGGAUCGCCGAGAACAGAGCGAGAUUAGAAGCCCUCGGCAUACUUAAAGCCGCCAAGGCCAUCAUUCUGCCUCCAUCAUUAAAAAAAUCUAAUUCCGGUAAAGAAGAAGACGACGACGACGAUUAUAGACCCGGAGAUGCUGAAGAUGAAGAAGACGAGGAGGACUUUCUGGGGAAUUCAAGCUCUAAAAGAAUUAAGAAGACCACCUCCCCGCCUCCCAAGAGGAGGAGGAGGAAGAAGCAUUUGUGUAGAUCAGAUCCCCUUGGAGAGGAGGAGGAGGAGGAGGACGACGACGACUUAAACAAGGCAAUAGCGCUUUCUCUACAGGCAGGCUCUCAUAGAACCGACCAAGGCUCAUCAUCUUCUAAGAAGAAUAAAUCGGACUUGAUCAUGAGCAAGAUGCAGAUGACUGCGGAUGAAUUGAUCUUAUACUUCUUUCAGUUUGAUACGGGAAAAGGUUUCAUUACUCUGAGAGAUGUGGCGACAAUGGCCACUGUCCAUGAUUUCACUUGGUCAGACGAGGAAUUACAAGACAUGAUUCGUUGCUUUGACUUUGAUAAAGAUGGAAAGCUAAGCUUGGAUGAGUUCAGGAAAGUUGUUACGCGAUGUCGCAUGUUGAAUGAAUCUUGAUCAUGGCUGAGUGCACCUCUAAAGUUGGGAUGAUUGAUGAUUUUCAGAAGAAAUUCAAGGCUAUAUGCAGUAGUAUUAAUCUAGGCAUUAGAAACUAUUUAUUGGAGAUUGAUGUGAGAAAAUGGAUUCGGUUUCAUAACUUAUAUUUUUGCGCGGUACGUAUGUAAUAUAUCGAACCGGCCACACUCGCUGAAGCUUGAUUUA